UCUAUCUCACAUUAUUGACGCAGGCAGAGCCCAGCUAGCUGGCUAGCGGAUAAACGUUGGAUGAGGUACUUUUGUUAGACCCUCUAUGGUCGGCAGAAGGAGGCCCGUGACCCCUCCCAACUUAGCUGCGACCGACCAGUCUAGUCUCCCGCAUCCUUUAGAGUUGAAGAAAUAGGUUUUAGUGGUAAUGAAGACACCAUAAUUCGUUUAUGGACGUAAAAUACUUCAUCAUGACCUAAACCGUUAGAGAAAUGACAUUUACAGAGCGCCACCGAAGCUGCCAGCAAGCAUUACGUGCAGUGGCGGGCAGGCAGGCGGCAUGACUGAGGAGAAAUGUCCGCAGCUGGUCGAUUACUUCGUGGUGGCUGGGCUGGCCGGGAGGUCGGCCCCCCUGGACGAGGAGGGGCAGCAGAGGGGGGGCCGGGCGGUGGAGCCGGUGACGGACCUGGCGGUGAUCGCCCGGGGGCUGGGGGAGGAGGUGCCGGAGGGCUUCACCUGCAUCGAGAAGACCCAGGGGGGCCACCCGGCGGAGCUGAGCGCCGGGUUCAUCAACAACCCCCACAUGUUCCUCUGCUACAGGAGGGGCCACGACAAGGCCCCCAUCCUGGACCUGGGGGUGCUGUACGAGGGCAGGGAGCCGGCCAAGCCCAGCUGGCAGGUGAUCGAGACCACGCCCUACAGCCGCUCGGCCAAUCUGAGCUCCGGGGGGCCGGCCACGCACCGCACCUUCCUGACGUACCGGCGCGCCCCCGACUCGCAGGCCCUCAACACGCUGGGCAUCACCGACAUCUCGCUGCUCCUGCCCAGCAAGGGAGAGACCGCGCCCCACACCUUCUGCAGGGUGGACAAGAACCUCAACACCGGCAUGUGGGGUCCCGCUCUAUACCUGUGCUAUAAGAGAGCUGUGGCCAAAGCUAACGCCCUUGUGUACGAGGCUGGCCUGAUCAGCCGCUAUCCUGAGGCAGACCUGGAGUCCUUCCCCCUGCCCGACUCCGUGCCCGUCUUCUGCCUCCCGAUGGGCGUCACUGUGGAGAGCUGGCCCCUCAACACCAAGUACCAGCUGCCCGUUUUCUCCACCUUCGUCCUCACCUCCGCCUGCGGAGACAAGGUGUACGGAGCUGCUAUCCAGUUCUACGAGGCUUUUCCCCGGGAGGGGCUGUCGGAGCGGCAGAGCGUGCGCCUGGGCCUGGUGAGCGUGGUGGACCGUCGGCCCAUCACCAACCGCUCGGUGCAGGUGAAGAAGAGCAUCUGCGUGCUCUCGCACUGGCCCUUCUUCACCGUCUUCCAGAAGUUUCUCACCUUCGUCUACCGCUACUCCAUUUCCGGCCCCCACGUGCUGCCCCUGGAAAAGCACAUCUCCAGCUUCAUGCACAACGUCCCUUUCCCUUCCCCACAACGUCCUCGUAUCCUGGUGCAGCUCUCUCCCUACGACAACCUUCUUCUGUGCCAGCCUGUUUCCUCCCCUUUGCCCCUCAGCGGCGCCAGCUUCGUGAAGCUGCUGCAGAACCUGGGGCCGGAGAACGCCUGCGCCCUCCUGCUGCCGGUGCUGACGGAGAACAAGCUGCUCCUGCACUCGCUGCGGCCCGACGUGCUCACCUCCGUCAGCGAGGCGCUGCUCUCCAUGACGUUCCCGCUGAGAUGGCAGUGCCCGUACAUCCCCCUGUGCCCUCUGCGGCUGGCCGACGUGCUGUGUGCCCCGAUGCCCUUCAUCGUGGGCGUGCACUCCAGCUACUUCGACCUGUACGACCCGCCCCCGGACGUGGUUUGUGUGGACCUGGACACCAACACCAUCUUCCAGUCAGAGGAUAAGAAGCCGCUGUCGUGGAAGUCUCUACCAAGGAAGCACGGCAAGACCCUGCUCAACUCCCUCACUAACCUGCAUAAGACGCUGGAGAAGAUCUACACUCCGGGGCAGGAGGAGGCCACGCUGGAGUUCCUGCUCACAGACUAUGACCUGAUAUACGGGCGUCAGAAGCAGCUGGAGCUGGAGAUCCAGGAGGCCUUCCUGCGCUUCAUGAGCUGCCUGCUGCGUGGAUACAGGGCCUACCUGCUGCCCAUCACCCAGGCCCCUUCUGAGAGGACCACCGACUGCAGCUCGCUUUUCAACCUGCAGGGGUUCCUGAAGUCGCGGGACCGCACCCAGCAGAAGUUCUACACCCAGCUGACCCGCACCCAGAUGUUCACUCAGUUCAUCGAGGAGUGCUCCUUCGUCAGCGACAGGCACACCUGCCUGGAGUUCUUCGACGAGUGCGUCCAGAAGGUGGACGUGGAGAAACCGGAGGAGGUGCGGCUGGUGGACCUGGACGAGACCCACAGCGGGGAGCACACGGUCUUCAUCAUGCCCCCAGAGGAGCCGCAGGAGGCCGACGGCUCAGAGUGCCCUGCUCUGUACAGCUACGAGACCUUCCCACCCCUACAGCCAGAGCUGUUCGACCGGCCGCAGGACCAGCUGCGUGCUCCAGCCAAAGGCAGCGCCCCCAGUAGCCCCGCCCCACGACGCACCAAACAGGAGAUCAAGCUGGCACAGAGGCGGGCGCAGAAGUACAGCUCAGUGCCAGACAUGUGGUCCAAGUGCCUGCUGGGGCACUGCUACGGGCUGUGGUUCAUCUACCUGCCCACCUUCGUGCGGGCGGAGAGCGCCAAGGUGCGGGCGCUGCAGACGGCCUACGAGGUUCUGAAGCACAUGGAGACCCGCAAGGUGGUGCUGCCCGACGAGGUGUGCUACCGGAUACUGAUGCAGCUGUGUGGUCAGUAUGGGCAGCCGGUGCUGGCUGUUCGGGUUCUGCUGGAGAUGAAGAAAGCCGGCAUCACGCCCAAUACCAUCACUUAUGGGUACUACAAUAAGGCUGUGCUAGAGAGCAAGUGGCCCUCCACUAAUCAGGGUGGCCGUCUACGCUGGGCCAAGCUUCGAAAUGUGUUAAUGGGCGUGGCACAGUUCAGACAGCCAAUUAAACGGAGGCAGAAGAGUGGAUCAGUUGUAUCACGACCAGAUGUCGUCAGUGAGCGCCCUCCGAUGGCACGCCCCCACUCCAGUCUGGUUCGCCAGUCUAGCUGGAGUGGGUUGAGUGAAGGCUCCAGCCACGAAUCCCUGACCAGCCUUCUUGUGAAGAGCAACAGUCUGAACAGCAUGCAAUCAUCAACUGACAAGUCUAAGGUAUCCAAGAAGGGCCUGAUCCGCUGUGCGGGCACAGACGACGCCGCUGCUCGCAAGCCCCCUGCUGGCCCGCGCGACACUGCCACUUUACCCCUGCUGCCCCCUGCUGGCGGCAUGGUGCGGCGCAGCGAGGUGUGCCUCUCCACCUUCUACAAGGACUGCGCGGAGACGGCCGACUCUGAGCCCGACUGCGCCUGUGAGCCCGGGGAGAGGGAUAGCAGCCCCGUCGGCAGGGCCGCCGCCCCCAGGGAGACGCUGGGCCGGAAGGCGGUGGACGAGAACUGCAACAACGUGGCGUCGCCCAGCCGGGGGCUGGCGGGGAAGCUGCAGCAGCUGCUCACGCCCACGCGCCACCGCUCCUCGGUCCGACGGGCCGCCAGCGUGGAGGACCGGCGCUCGGCGGGCGGGAGCGUGCCAGCGAGACGCGUGUCUGAGCAGCGCCAGUCCCGCAAAGUGGCGGAGAGCCUGCUGAAGGCCAGGGAGCGGCUCUACAACGCCACCUCUGAGAGUUCCCUCUCAACCAGCAGCGACAUCGACACCGCUAAUUUAACCUUUCAGCUCAGAAAGUCCUGGGAUUCCACCCAGGAAGGAGCCGGGCUUGAGGUGGUGAUGUCCAGCUGCUCCCUCUGCCGGAGCUGCAACUCGCUGGUGUACGACGAGGAGAUCAUGGCCGGCUGGACCUCCGACGACUCCAACCUCAACUCCACCUGCCCGUUCUGCUCCGCCACCUUCGUGCCCCUGCUAAACGCCGAGAUCUGUGACCUGGGGCCCGUCUGCAGCUUGGAGCGCAACAACUGGAACCUGGAGGAUGGGCCAGAGGCUGGCACGGUGCCACCCGGUGGACAGGAGGGGUUCCUGCGGCACCUCCAUAAUGGUGUGAGCGAGGACUCCAGCUCAGAGACCAGCGGCUAUUCAGAGAACAGCAGCACCACCCUGGGCUCUUCGGUCGGCGGGCCGCCCCUGGUGACGGUGGCCUACCUGAGCCCGCUGGUGCUGCGCAAGGAGCUGGAGAGCCUGCUGGAGAACGAGGGGGAGGCCGUGCUCUCGCAGGGCCUGCUGCUCGACAGCCACUCCAUCAUCUUCUGGAACCUGGUCUGGUACUUCCAGCGUCUGGGCCUGCCCAGCAACCUGCUGCAGCUCAUCCGCUCCUCGCAGCUGGCCUCCCAGCUCUCUCAGGUGACCCCUCAGGGGCAGGAGAACUCAGCAGUGAGGGUGCGGUUGCUGUGGGACACUCUGACCCCCGAUACAGACCACUGGCCACCCCUCUACAUCCUCUGGAGGAUACACAGCGGGGUGCCCAUGCGUAACCACUGCUGGAGGAGACACAACCACCCCUUCACCCUGGCCUUCCUCGAGGAAGUGCUGCGCUGGGUCGGCAUGAAUGAGGUUCACAAGGCCAUCACUCUCUUCCUGGACACCGUCGCUAAGCAAACCGCCACUCCUCGGAUACAAAGGAGUCUGUACAGAGAGAUCCUCUUCCUCACACUGGCUGCUAUGGGCAAGGAUCAUGUCGCCGCGUUCGAUAAGAAGUACAAGGCCGCCUACGCCCGCCUGAGCAGCUCCGUGGGACGAGAGGAGCUGCGCAGGAAGCGAGCCCAGCCGCCCAGCCCCAAGGCCGUGGACUGCCGACGCUCCUUCCUGGUUCCGCUGGAGUGCUGAUCCCCGGCAGCGGGGGGCGACGCUGCGGCGCACACACACACACACACACACACGCAUGCACACGCACGCGCACUCACACAAUAAGACCAGCUGUCUCAGACAUCUUCCCAGUGCAAGCUGCUGUUACCAUUGCUAUAGCCUGGCCAUUCAAUACGAACACAUCUGCCUGUUAUGCCUUAUGGUGCUUUGGCCCAUAUACCCCAGUUCACCCUUAGGUUCUGUUGACCCAGGAAAUAGUCUGUUCUCUGUCCACCCCUGAGCUACUGCUAAAGGCUAGCCGUACUGCUGAUGUAGCCUGGCUCAUAUCUUAUAUCCACACUGUGCACCUCAUGUGUCUGUUCAUUUCCUGCCCUGAUUCAUAUCCUGCUCUGAAGUUCCAUUGCAGUCAGCCUGAUAUGAAGGUCCUUAAUGGUGAACUACUGUAUGGUGUUCAUUCAUGACCUUCAACCCCUCAGUCCAAAAACAGCUUUUGUCCAUUGUGGAGAGCAUAUUUAAGAUUUGAGGGAAAUUUUAAUUGCAUCGCUCCACAAUAUAUGUUUUUGAUUGGAUGGAUGUGUCUUUCUGUUUUGAAAUGGCACAUUUAAAAAUGAUGCAGGUCGUGUAAGGGGCAUAUUUUAAAGUGCAUAUGAAGUGCUAAUUAUACGAUCUAAAGAUAUAAAGUGCACAUAAAUUACUAACCAGUAUACAACUGUAUUCCAAAUAUGAACAGAUGACUGUGUUUUCCCCUCAGUAAGAAAUGCAUGCAUGACAGAGACCUGCAGUCUAACUUAAUGUACCCAAGUAAUAUUAUGGUAACCAGUCAUUACAAACCUGAGACCUGGACCCAAAUGUUAACUCCUUUUCCCAUAAAGCAUAGGAACUUACCGCUGCACCAGGUCUGUAUGACCAGGGCUGAACAUCGCUCACAGAUUGGAAACACAGCACUCGGUACAUGAACCAAACGAGGUUUGUUUUGGGAGAGAAUGGGUGCAAACUAUCUUAUACUUCCUUUACAGUAAAUUACUGUGAUCUCGAUUAUUUUGUACUCCGCCUCUCGUUAUUGCCGAACCCAGCCGGCUUUCUUAAUUUGCGGUGAAAUGGUGAGGCACAGUCGUUUACCACUUGGGGAGCUUGGUGGCAGCCUGCAUUGGCUCAUUGCUUGCGAGAUGCAGUAGGAAUUUUGGAUUGAUUCGCUUGUUCAUUAAGGGGAAUGUGGAGAUGCGGAGAGCAGCCCACAGGGCUCAGGACAGGACUUCCAGCCGGGGAAAGGGAAGGACUCGGCGGAAAAGAAGGGAUACUUGUGACAGAGAGGCGCUGCGGGGUGGUGGAACGGUGGAGGGCUACAGACACUGACGGUUGACCUGGUCAAAAGAGUCUGUCCAUCUCCCCCCGCCAAGGACACCUGCCCAGCUGGUGUUAACCAAACGACUUCACGGACUCAUUGAAAAGAUUUACGUCUUGUUUUUGUAUUAUAUUUUUUUUUUUGUUGAUGGAACUGUUUCUGUAUUGGGAUUUUUAUGCCUGGUGGAAGAGUGGGUGUGCUCAGAAGAACAAACAGUUCCUGUUGAACUGUUUGCGGGAGUAAUUUAAGGUGAUUGUGAGUAAAGAGGAGCGUUGAUGUUGAUGUCAUGUUUUACCCACAUCGUAUCCCUAGUUACCUCGUUUUACACUUAUUGUCCCCCGAUAAAUGUGAUGGGUAUGUUUGUGUCUUCUGCAGAUGUUUUUAUGGGAUUUUUAAAACCAUCUCAAAGUGUAGUAACUUGGGAAAUGUCUGUCAGAUGCUUUUAGAAAAGGUGAGCCAUUAAAGGAAACCUGCAGAGCGUGAACCACAUGCUAUAAUCUCCACAGGGCUGUGAAAUGUGUGGCCCUCUGACUUGCUGAAUCACCAGACCGAUCUGUUUAUUUUACAUCGACCUCAUAUCACCCAAAAUUCUGACAGUAAAUUAUUUUAACUGAUGAAUCGGCUGACAUUUUUGUUCCCCUGUCAGAUAAAUACUCAGAUUCUGCUAAAUAUGUAAAUAAUUGGUAUUUUCACACACUCAAUCUCAUUAAGUACAGUAGUUUAUUCUCGCUAAGUGCUUCUCCCUCUAUGCUUAAGAAAAAUGCUUGGGGAGAGUGGUUUGAAUUUUCAGUCUCUUCACAUUGUUGAUUGACAAUUUUGGGCAAGGCCAUUUUGUGCUGCUUGUGCCCUAGAAGCAUAGUUUAUUCAUUAAUUCUGACACAUCACACAACAUAUCAAGUGACAGACUUUAACAAGUUAUCCUGCAUUGUAGGUUGGAAUAAAUCAGGCUAGAUCUUAUUUUCAUUCACUGAAGGAAAAUGUAUCUUAACAGGUCCCUAGCGGUUAUUACCAUUAGUGAAGAUACUACAUGUUGCAAUAAAUGUUGGUUGAGAUUACUUCAUGGCACCACGGCUAAAGUGUGUUCCACACGAGGUCUUGGCCCCUAUAUCAGAAUACCUGACUAUUUUUGACUCAACUAAAACUGAAACUAUAUUUUAAAAACUACAAUUGAAUUUCUAAUUGUACUUCUCCUUGAAGCAUGGCUAUAUAGUCUGCAAUAGCACAGAAGUAAGAACUUUUCUGUUAUCAAGGGUUCCUAUUUGAAUCUGUGAAUGAUGCUGUUGUCAGGUUGAAGAAAGGGUGAAGUCAAGCUAGCAGUCAUUCAUUGCCACAACAUUCUGGAAAGAGAAAAAUAUAUUAAUUAGUGGCUGUAACUGAGUAAGUGGUCAGUUGGAGACAUCGCUUCUAGACCAUGCCUACUUAAGACAUGCAAUAAAAGACCAGAUAUAUAUUCAGCACAUUUGUUUGCUGCUUAACAGCUGAGCAAGUAAAGUCAGUCUCUCCUUCUGUAUGAAGGCACAGCUGCUGAGAGCAGCUAUGAGGUUGGUUUAUAAUGGUCUUAAAGAAAAAUAAGACCAUUUGAAAUUCCACCAAUGUUACUGUAUGUUGCUUUGAUGUAUGGACAUUGUCAAGGGAAAACGGCAAUUUUUUUUCUUGUCCAAAACUGUAUAGAUUAAAUGUCAAUCAAUGAGAAAAAAUUGUCCUUCCUAUACUUGUCCGGGUCACACCAAGGUUGACAAGGCUCUGUUUCGCAUGGGAGAGGCCUGACCAGCAGAGGGCAAUAUGCCAAUAUGAUUCAAGUCAACAACAUUGCAGUAGUGGAGUGGUGACCCAUUCUGGAGUCACAGAGACCCUACUUCUAAGGCUACUAUUUCAAAUGCAAGACUGCAAUUAUAAAGAGGGAAUUUCAAAUGUCACUUUUUAUUUUUUUAUGGGAAAAUGAAUAAUGAAGAAAACAGAAUUUUAUUUAAGAUUUACUUUUUAUGUUGUGUUUGCUGUUGUAAUUUAUAUGGCUGUGAUUUCUGUUGUAAAUGUCUGUUCUGUUUCGUUGUUUUUUAAAAGAAAGAACAAAGACCCCUCCACCCAAAUAA